AUUAUUUUAGCGAAAAUAAUUAUAUUCACUGUUUCAUCCUAAAAUUAUGUUAAUUAUUAUGUGUUGCGAACAUUGAAACAAAGUGAAAAUUAUAAAGAUGACUAAAACAGCUCAAGAAUUUAUUCAAAGCUCAUUUUCUCCUUUAAUUGCAACAUUAUGUAGCCAAAAAGUAGAAAAUAUUGUUUCCAAAAAUAAUUUGACACUUCCAGAGCUAUUACAACCAUUUACGUCGAUGGACUGGGAAGGGCAAUUUAGGGAACCAGGUGGAAGUGUUUGUACUAUUAAAAAUUUUAAUCUUAUAAUAAGAGAUGUGAAUUGGAAACCACUUCAGCCGACUGAAGCCAGAAGACAACUGAACAAUGCAGUCUUACACAACUAUGAUGACAAAACAGUUCCCCUUAAUAUUGAUGGACAUCAUUUUGAUAUACCCCAUGCAACACCUUGGUUUGAUGCUUGGAGAGAGACUUAUCUAGAAGUACAGUUUCCCUCUGACCAUGAAUUUACUAAUCAUUAUCUGGGUUGUAUUAUUGUGGCAACUACUCUCGAUGAUGAUAUAAUUGACACAUACAAUUCCUUAAAUCAACAGUAUGCAAAUUUACAGAAUGUUGCUCCACCUAAAUUGCCUAAAUGGUUUAAUAACUCAGUUCUUAAGUCAUAUCUUCUUUUACAUGAUGUCUCUUCUGUUCCUAAAGAGAGAGCUGAUAAGACAUUUGAAACAUUAAAGCAAACAUUUGGGGCUACAAACUGCUUUAUGUUGUCAAUAAACUCUAAAAAUCCUGUAGAUUCAAAACUAUCAAGUGAUUAUUGGAGUCAUUACCUCAAAAGACCUUCAGAUGUUAUGAGUGACUCCUUAUCAGUAUCAGGUCAAUCAAUGACACCUGUUGAGACUCAAGCAUCAUUUCAACCUGUCAAUAUCUCAACUCCAGAAGAAAGACAGAGCACUAACACAGAAGGCCUUCAUCCCCUCACUACUGACAAUGAUGUAUAUGAUAAUGCAAAUAGUUUACAGCCUUGUUCAUUUUCUGGAAGUUCUGAAAGUGUUAAUGUAACUGGAAAACCAUUAGAGAGUUUAACUGAAAUUCACGGAGCAGCAUUAAAUGACAAUGAUAUAGAAUCUAUAAAAAGCUUUUUGCAAGAGUAUUCAGCAAAGGCUUUAAUUCCACAUUUAGAAAAGCAAAUAGCCCAAUUAACUGAAGUGGUUGCUAAUAAAAAAGGUGUGAGUAGAUCUCUGCUCUCAGCCACAAAGAGAUGGUUUACUACUGGGAAAGCAGGCAACAUGGCUAUUAACAAUGCUGUUAUAUAUUCCACUGAUUGCCCUGAACUGCAGCUACGACGCCUUGGUGAUCUUUGGUUUCUUUGUGGCCAAUGGCAACGUGCGUUCGACGCGUAUCAUACGGCAAAAAGAGAGUUUUAUGCUGACAGUGCGUGGCUUUGCUAUGCAGGUGCUCUAGAAAUGGCGGCUAUUAGCGCCUUUAUGGCAGGCGAAGCAAAUCGCAAAACUUUCGGUUAUAUGGAGGAGAGUAUUGUCACAUAUCUUAAUACAUGCAGAAUGGUGCAAUACGCCGUAAGAGCCACAUUACUAUCCGUUCCAUGUUUAAUCAACGCCGGAUUUUUCGGCGAAGCUGCAAAGCAACUCAUACGUAUGACUUCAGAGGAUAGUGAUUUGCGUAGCGCUAUGCUUCUAGAACAGGCGGCCUUGUGUUUCCUCAAAGGACCGAGUAAUAAGAUAAUGUCGAGGAAAUACGCUUUCCAUAUGGUACUCGCUGGUCAUCGAUUCUCAAAGGCCGGGCAGAAAAAACACGCAUACAGAUGUUACAAACAAGCUUAUCAGGUGUACGCGGGCAGUGGCUGGCGCCUGUCGACGGACCACGUGCAGUUCGCGCUGGGCCGGCUAGCGGGCGCGCUGCGCGCGUCGCGCGACGCCGCCGCGUGGCUCGCCGCGCCGCUCGCGCCAGACUCGCCGCAGCCGCGCGCGCAGCAGGACGCCUUCCUGCGGGAGUUCAUGCUCGCGCACCAGCAAUGGGUAGAGACGUCCGAGGAGUUCGGGUCUCGCCUGGCCGUGCCGCCCGUGCCGCUGCUGGUGGCGGAGCGCACGCGCGUGCAGUGCGUGGGGCCCGCGCCGCUGUCCGCGCCCGGCCGCGCGCCCGCCGCCGCGCCCGCCUCGCCACUCGACGCGCCGCUGUGGGCGCGCCUCGAGGAGACGCUGCUGCACGUGGCGCUCGGUGCGCCGCCCAUGAUCUUCCGCCCUUCGACCGACGUGUACACGCAGCGCACCGACGGCGAGCCCAUCGUGUCGCAAGGAGAACCGAUGCAGAUAUCAAUUACGCUACAUAAUCCACUUAAGGUUUCUCUACUACUGAAAGAUAUCGAAUUGCUAUGGCGGUUCACCCCUAGCGACGGAUUGGAGAUGCCGCAAGAGGAAGUCUUAGACAAUGAGCCGUCGUUGGCCGCGGGACGAACGUUCGAGAGCAACGUGAUUCGGGUACAGCGAAUCAAAUCGUUCUUGUUGGAAGGGGAUUGCAAGAAAUCGAUAAACUUUACGAUCACUCCCUUAAAAAUAGGGCAAUUAUCGAUUCAUGGUGUCGCCUUUAAGCUUAUAAAUGGUGAAAAUAAAGAUAGUGAAAAUGGUGUCUCAAUUUUUGGUAAAUUGGAUUUACAAGGUGACACAAAUGGCUCAGACAAACUAUUGCAUAUAACGGUUAUUCCAGAGACUCCUUGUUUGCAGAUGACGCUGUCAGAAUUUAACCCAGAUGUUAUAAGUGGAGAAAUAAUAACAGUAGACCUUGAAUUUCGAAACGUUGGUCCAGUUGAGAUGAAAAACUUAUAUGUAGCAGUCUCUCAUCCAGACUGCAUGAGUAUAUUAAGCACCGAUGCGGAUGAGGAUAGUUUCAAAGCGCUUUAUGAAGAAAAAUAUCGAGAACCGCCUAAUUUUUCAGACGAGCGCGCGGCGCGGUCGGCGGCGCGGGCCCGGGCGGCGGCGCGGCGCACGUGGCAGGUGGCGCCGCGCCUGGCGCCCGCCGCGCCCGUUCGCGCCGCGCUGCUGCUGCGGCCACACGCGCGCGCCUCGCGCCUGCUGCUGCUGGCGUACUACGAGACGGGGCAGCGCGCGCGCCCGCAUCGCCUGCUCCGCCACGUGUUCCGCUUCGACCCGGCCGAAACAGUUGAAAUUUUAGCUACGCCGAGAAGAGGCUUGAGUGUUACCGAUACCAGAGUUUUUGAGAAUAUGCACUUAUCUGUCGAAGUCAAAAAUAUAUGUAACGAAAAGGAAGACGAUAUUACUGUAGAAAUAUUAGAGGCGUCACUUUUGAGCAGACAAUGGAGGCUAACAGACCUUAUUACCACUCUGGAUUCGGACAAUGUCUUAAUUUCUCGUGAGAGAGUACACCUAAUACUAAAAAGCGCGAGAAUAUUUGAAAAGUUAGGUGAAGAUCAGGUAGAAUUUUCCUGCCUCAAAAUAGCUAAACAUCUUCCAGAAAGUCGCAUAGGCGUUAAUAAACCUCCUUACUCAAAAUUUGUGACAGAUGGAAUAUCAUCUUUGAGCGAUGGCUUUGAAUCUAUACAAAGCUCUGAAAAAAAAACUGGACUUAUACAGUCAAUGUUUAUAUUAAGGUGGAAGGCGCACAACAAAAAGACUGGCAGAACAGCUAUAGGUCAACAUUGCCUUUGGUUAGAUUGUUUCACUAAAGCAAUCUCCCAUGUAAGAGCAAAAAUGACCAUGGAUAUUUUAAAUACAAUUCAGCUUGAUGGAAUCGAAAGCCGGUCCGAUUCAAACGAAGUAAAAGAAAAAAAUAAUAUUGUUAUUUUUAGACUAGAACAUUCCAAUUACGUUGACCAUAAUUUUAUUACUAAUAAAUUAUGUAUAAUACCAGUAACCAUAAAUAUAGUAAAUUGCUAUGGAGUCCCGGUUUCGGUGUUUAUUGAUAUGUCCAAACAACAAAAUAGAGAAUCGUCUGGCGAAUUAGGUUGGACUGGUGCUCUAAACAAUGGUUUAGAUCCAGACUCCAAAGAUUUGGGCGUGAAUGUCACAUUGGAGAAAUUUGAGUCCCGGCGUGUACAGGUCCGUGCUUUAUGCGCCGCGCCUGGUACCUACCACGUGGGCUCCGCCUUCUCCGUGACAACGGCUUGUGGCGCCGACAACCGCGCCACCACACACUUUCCUAAUAGUACUUCUUUAUUAGUCGUCAAACAAAUCUAAAUAUAAUACCUGUCAUAAUUAUAUAAUCAAAUUAAUCAUGAUACAAACUAAAUUUAUCCAGGAAUAAACAGCUUA